AUGGCGAAUAAGCCACAGUUAACAUUUGCUCGGAUUGUUUCCGGAACUAUCGGUACGAACGGUACUGGCACUGGAAAUGUUACGGUAACGCAAGCCCCUGUCACUGCCGUGGUUGCUUCAACUACUAUUACUACUGCUACUUCUACUACUAUUUCUGCUACAACUGCGACUACUACCACUACUACUGUUACUGCGACUACUAUUGCUGCUAUUACUGCUAAUACUACUGUUGCUACUACUACUGCAGCAGCAAGCAGUGGGUUCGUGGAUGUAAGCAUCAGUGCAUUGGAAUCAGGAAGUCAAACAAGUGGUAUUGGAAAUUCAUGUGAUGUAACCGCGUCAUCUGUCCCUAAUUCUUCCACUAAGAACAAAGAUGGUUUACAUCAACGAUUUAUUGAGGAACGAAAAUUGGACUCAGAUGGUAAUGUUCAUGCUCAACGUCCGAUACAGUUUGGACUACACCAAAAUCAGUAUCAUCAACAAAUUCAGCGGCGUAACAAACCACGUCUCAAAAGUGAUCGAUCACGAAAGGAUGAUAACGUACAAUCGGUAAGUAAGGAAGAAAUUGAAACACAUACGGACCAGCAACCUGAGGUAGUGUUAGGUCCUGCUCCACUUCCAACUGUGAACGCCUGGUUCAAACAACCUGUAGCAGAAGCAAAAGAGUCAAAGGAAGAAGUUUGUGUCUUGAAUUCUCAGAUAUCCUCAAAAAACGAAGAAGCUAGUUCGCAAGAAGUAUCUCGACGUUUGAAAACGGUGGAAGGUGAUGUGGACAGUGUUAUUAAGGAAACGAAUGUGGAUAACAAAGCUUGGCCAUCAUUGAAUGAAGCCGUCAAUGAAGAAUUGAAACCGGACAGCGCGCUCAGUAAUUUGAAUACGAAAGGGGGUGCUGUUAGUCAUGAAGUGGUGAAAGUCACUGACAGUUCAGAGGCAGUGUGUUAUAUGGAUGCGAAACAAGAUAGGGAUAAAGAGAAUGAAAGCAAUGGAAAUGGAGGAAAAAGUAAUAAAAGUGGCAAAGCAUGGAAGAAAUUGGACAUCGAUGUGGAUUAUGCGGGACGUGAAGGUCAGGGAAGGCGCGGCAAUGCCGGACCAGGUAGCAAGAGUGAUCAUCCGCAAAAAAACAGGAGAGGUCCAAGCUUCGCGAAACAUCAAACAGUAAAAGAACACACCAACCCAUCUCACGGGAUCACCACCGAUUCUGCUUCAACGAUCGAAAUUGCUUCAAAGGUCGCACCAGCGUUAGCGCCUGCAUCUUUAUUGGGUUGUGCACAACCGUUAUCAUGCAUUGCACCGACACUUAUAUACAGUCCUGAAUGUGCUACCGUCAGUGAGGAAUACGCUGAGGAAGACUACUGGUAA